AUGCAGCCCACAUUUUAUCUCGGUGUACGCUCUCUGAAAACCAUUCCGCCUGCACAAAAACCUCCGAAAGAGCUUUCGACCAUUCAACCAGUUCCCGAACCCGGGAUUCCUGUUUAUAGACCACCUGCACUGGGGGUUAACCCUGCCUAUGAUGAAGCACUUAAAUAUAUUCUCGAGGACAAAGCAAAAAAACAUCAACAGAUAAAGGAAAUCGAAGAAAAAAUAAAACAGAUCUCACAAAACGGACGUCUCGAUGGCGAAAAGACCAUAGGUGAACUUGAGAAAGAAAAAUACGUUCUAGGGAUUCGAGCCGAGGCGAAUGACCCUGAAGUUCGAUGGAAUUUUGAACACGGGAGAAUUGACAUGUCGAGACCGGUUUAUCGAUUUUUGCGAGAGAAAAAGUGGAAGAAUGGUUAUCUCCAACAUUUGAUGGAACGUGUGUCCCAAAUGUACGUUGUGCCGGACGUAUUCCCAGAGUUGGUGGAUCCUACGAUAGACCUUCAGUUUAAGUACGGUGAUGAGCUAGAAGAACCUGGGGCCUUUCAACUCCCCGUGAAUGCUACGAAAACUGACAUCGCUGGCGGUGAAACCAUUGUACCAUACAUACCACCGCAUCCACCUAAAGGGACUAAAUAUCAUCGAUACACCUUUGGCAUAUACGAACAACCCUACGGAAAGAUUAAUAUAGGUGACCUCGAACAGUCCAAGAAGGUUCAAGAUUUUGUGGACGAGCAUCGUUUAAAAUUGCGCGGUGCCUCGUUCUUCCGUGAGGUCUGGGACAAGGAUAAACGAGUGUUAACUCCGCCUUCCAUAAAAGAUACUCGUGAGCCGGUUUACGUUAAACAGCCUAAUUUUGAUCCUUAUAUCGAUCGGAGUACUGGAAAGAACCGAUCAACGAAAUAUCCGGAAUCUUUGAAUGAUGAUUAA